AUGUAUGAGCAACUGUAUAAGGUGAAAUCUGACAAUGGUGAAUGGCGCACAGUUGUCCAGGCACCAGAGAAAAACUUCGUUCAGAAAGUGAGAUUGGAGACUUGCCUAAGUGAAAACCAGGAGUGCUUCGAGGUCAUUCUUAAAAUGCCAGGCUUCAAGACUUACUGCAAGCAGCAAUACAACAAAUGGUCAUUUGUUGUGGAAGCUACCGAUGGUUCUAGCAACACCGAGAACAUCACCGUAAGCCUGCCAACAUGCUGUAGUUGUCACUACAAAACAGGUUAA